AUGGUCACUCUCAGGCUCCAAAAGCGUCUGGCUGCAAGUGUUCUGAAAUGUGGUAAACGACGUGUAUGGAUGGAUCCAAAUGAAAUUCAAGAAAUUUCCUUAGCCAACUCUCGUCAAAACAUUCGCAAACUCGUAAAGGAUGGCUUCAUCGUCAAAACUCCUCAAGCAAUCCACUCCCGAGUCCGAGCCAACCUCUUCAAAGAAAGUGUUAAAAAAGGCAGACACACCGGUCUCGGCAAAAGAAAAGGUACAGCUGAAGCUAGAAUGCCAGAAAAGAUCAUGUGGAUGAGGCGUCAAAGAGUUUUAAGAAGACUCUUACUCCCCUCUGUGAGUGAAAAAAAUUAAUAUUAGUAUUUUGAUAUAUAAGUGAUAAUUAUAUAAUGAAAUCUCUAGUUAAUUCUGUUUAAUUUUAAAUAAAUUGCAUUUUAAAAUAAAAUUUUUAUAUAAAAAAAAAACAACAACCCUGUGAGCUAACAAAAUUUUUUUGAUCACACUCAUUGAGAGGUGGGGAGUUAAGAAAAUACAGAGCCAGCACAAAAAUCGACAAAACUCUUUAUCACGAUUUUUACGUGGGAGCCAAAGGAAAUAUGUACAAGAACAAGAGAGUUCUUAUGGAUUCCAUCUUCAAAGCUAAAGCCAACGCAAUCAGAGAAAAGAACCUUAAAGAACAGCAAGAAGCUCGCAGACAAAAAAGAACAAAGGCUUAA